AUGCACGAGUACGCUCUCGACUACGAAAGAGACGGAUACGUGAUGAUCAUGGACUACAUGCCAAUAGACUUACACACGUAUGUGUCAAGCCGUCAAACACCGAUGACCGAAGACGAAUGCUGUAACAUCAUCAGUCAAAUAGUCAACAUUCUACUUCACAUGCAAAAUGUUGUUUGCGUGCAACAUAUGGACCUUAAAAUGGAGAACGUGUUGAUAGAUCCUGAAACGAAAGAGGUUAAACUCUGUGAUUUCGGACAUUUAGCGCAAAUAGCACAUUUGUGGACGGAUUCAACAUCGAUAGGGACGAAAUGUUACUGGGCACCAGAAACUAUUAAGGAAGGAAGAUUCUACCCAAAGAGAACCAUAGUAUGGCAAGUUGGCAUUCUCGCUUAUGACCUCUUACAAGAAAUUCCAUGGGAUGUGUACAAAGACGGAAACCUGCAAGACUUGACUUUUGAACGUUAUAAGUCUGGCAAGGCCGUGGAAUUUAUUCAAGUUUGCCUAGAACCAGACGUGCGCAUUCGUGUGGAACUCGAUCAGUUAGUGUAUAUGAGGUGGAUAGAAGAAAUGAACAACAACGAAAUGAUUUGA